AUGACCUUAAGACUACCAUACGGCCUCACUGUGAACUUCGAAGAAAUGUGGACUACUGAAUCUCAGCUCAAGCAUUUAUGGCACAAGGCAAUCCGCAAAAACAUGGGCAUGCGAAAAUGCUUCGUUUUUCGGCUCAAUGGAAAAUACGCCUAUGCCAACGCAAAAGUAAAGCUCACCCCAGAUAUUAACACCCAAUGCUUAUCUUUAUGCAAAAAAUGGGAAAACAGCUCAGAUCGCCAGACGAAAUGAACAAAUAAAGCCCAUUCAGUCGCAAAUCAUUUUAUAAAGCUGAGGGAAAGGACAUGGAAUGAGCAGUCUAUCAAGUCUAAUGAAGAGAAAAAGCGACUUAGGACGUAUAUCCCAGAAAUAAUUCUUGACAACCCAAACACUUUAGGCACACUAUUGAAAUCGACCAUGUGCAAGCCUGGAGAAAACUAUAGUUUUUUUAAGCCCACCCCAGCUAGAGCUCCACUUAUAUACUAUAUUGCCGAUAAAUUCGGCUUAUGCCUCUACAACACUUUUUUCCCAUAUCGAGACUACUACCACAACGCCAAAAAAGAAUACGAAACUCUCCCAAAAGAAUUUAAAGCACUUUAUAUCAAAGCUAACGAGCUCGAUGCUUUAAGGCACCAAGCAGAAACCAUGAAAUGUGCUAGCGCCAGCUUCUUGAAUUUUCUAAACCACUCUAUAUCCUGACGAGAAAUCUACAGAAGGCCUUUUUCCACCAUUUUCGGCGAAAAUUUGCGGUCCAUGAGCAAAAUCAACGUUUUUAUGCCAAUCAGGGUGGAAAACUGGAUCAGCGCCAUCAUAAAAAAAAUUGAUAAUUUAUGCAAAGAUGGAGCCUGGAGAAACAAAAAAAAUAAAGUGCUGAAAGAUGUUGUCAAUGAGCUAGUCAAAAAGUACCCAAAAGAUGAAGACGCACCGCUAACACAUUAUACGCUUUGUGGAGAAAAUUUGAAUAAUUACACACCGACACUUUUUGUGAUCGAGCAGUCUAUCUGGCAUCAAGAGUCGUGGCUGGAGUCGUCAGAGCUUGUAGGAGACGUCGUGGACAUGCAGGAUUUCCCACUUACAAGGCCUUACAGCAAUGUAAACUUAGGCUACGGGAUUGAGGCAAAACUGUAUAAAAUAGAAGAUGUGCUGUUUGAUAGCGGAUAUAUGAAGAAAAUUAGGGAAGUAGACGACUAA